UGAUAAAAAGCAUUGAGUGAAUCGUUCAGUGAACCAGCAACUGAUCCGUAUCUUUUAUUUAACGUGGUCUUGUAAACUUGGAAAUUGGAAGCUGAACAGAAAUGACUGGAAAAAAGAAGGACAUAAAGGUGAAAAAGCCAUCAAUUCUAAAUCCAGUCUCGUCCAGGUCAAAAAAAGUGGCAAGGGAAAAAUUUAAAAAUUCAAAACUGACCAACUUGAGGGAAAAAAUGAUAGGGAGACUAUCAGCUGCCAAAUUUAGAUUUAUAAACCAACAGCUGUAUGAAGCAGAACACCGGAAAUCUAAUGAUGUUUUCAAUGAUGGUGGUGAAUCGUUUAAAGACUAUCAUGCAGGGUUUAGACAUCAAGUGAAACAUUGGCCUAUAAACCCCAUUGAUGUAAUUAUAAGAUCAAUUAAAAAGUUAAAAGAUUUGGAUAAAAUGGUUAUAGCUGAUUUUGGCUGUGGUGAAGCUAAACUAGCAUCAGAGCUGCCUACUGCUAAAGUAUUCUCAUUAGAUUUAGUCGCAUUAAAUGAUAAAGUUAUUGAAUGUGACAUGUCCAGCACAAAUUUAUAUUCAUCAUCUAUUGAUAUUGCAGUAUAUUGUCUAUCCCUUAUGGGAAAAGAACUUUCACCCUACAUUAAAGAAGCCAACCGUGUGUUGAAAAUUGGGGGUUUGUUAAAAAUAGCAGAAGUUGAAAGUAGAUUUGACAAAAUCGAAGAGUUUAUAUUACUUAUGAAAAAGUAUGGAUUCGAUCUCAUCAGCAAAGACUUAUCACAUAAUUUAUUCUAUUUUUUAAAUUUUAAAAAAAUUAGUGAUAUAUCUAAGUCUCAAAAGAAGAAACUUCCGUGUAUACAAUUAGCUCCUUGCAUGUACAAGAAGCGGUGAUAAGGUUAAUUAUUUAAUUAAUUUUUUUUUACAGAAUGCCAUAUUCAAUAGUUCCCUAAUAAUUUCAUUGUAAAACAAACCUUGGAUCAACAACUAAAAACAAAAAAAAAAAUAGUUCAAGAAAUAUUAAAUGUUUAUAAGACAUUCAAAAAUUGGCAAUAAAUUAAUAUUCAAAAAUUUAUAAUUUUCCAUUGAUCAGGUUUUAAUUGGUUUAUACUUUUUCUGGCUGUUUUCCUGUCAGACAAUACUAGAAGAUAUACUAGUUAUAUCUUUUACAAAAAGGAAACCAAGGUGUUUAGUUUAAUAAGAAAUUGUGUACUUGAUAAAUAUUUUUAAAACUUUAUUUUGUGCUAAGUUUUUGUAAGUAACUGUAAGUAUUAGUGAUAUUAAUACUGUAAUAUGGAAAUUUCUCUGACUAAUUAAAUUUGUGGAAUUUUUUUUA